AUGUUCCUGAUUUAUAAUUUGCCUUAUGCUGCCUUAAUUGAUAUUGGAUCCACGUAUUCGUAUGUUGCGUGCACUGUGUCUGGAAUGUUGGGUAUUCAAUCUGAGUGCACUGCUAGUAAAAUGAUGGUGUUAAGUUCGCUAGGACAAUCGGUCAGGGUGGAUAAGUUGUUCAAGGAUGUGCCCUUAGAAGUUCAAGGGGUCGUACUUUCUGCGAAUUUGAUGGAACUGGCAUUCGAGGAAUUUGAUAUUAUUUUGGGCAUGGAUUGGCUUGUAAAGCAUCGUGUGAAGUUGGACUGUGCUGUUAAACAGUUGGUGUUGAGAUCUUCAGAGGAUAAGGAUGUGGCUGUAAUAGGGGAGCGAAGGGAUUAUUUGUCUAAUGUGAGAUCGGCGUUAAGAGCUGAGAAGUUAGUUCGCAAGGUUGUGAGGCUUUCUUAG